AUGGCGUCACAAUCACCGGCACAAUACAUCCAGCUGGCCAAGACGCUCCCGCCGCGUCUGCUGCGGUUCCUGGCCCGGUACCCUCCGGCGGCAAUCCAGGGCGCAGGAGCGAAUCCUACCGGCUACCAGCAGGAGACACCGAACCCCUUCAAGGCGACCAAACACCCUGUGACGGGCCAGUGGCAUGACCCCGUCUACUCCUUGCGGCGGCAGGCAGACCUUAUCAAGAUGGCGCGCGAUCAUGGUGUGGCGGAGCUGAUGCCGGAGUCGGAGAAGAACCCGGAGACCAAGCUGCGGAAGCGGGUCGAGUUCGGUCUGCGGGUCAAGGGUACUGGUGUUGGCCAGUCGGUCAAGGGCCACAUCUUUGAGCGUCGCAUGAUCGCCAAGAUGGACGAGCGGAGAAACGCCAUGCUGAACAUGCCCAAGCUCAUCCGCGAGUGGAAGCGGGUUGGCCGCAAGAACUGGGUUCGGUACCCAAGCUGA